AUGUCACCAUAUAUAAACCAUUCAAGGCGAAUAACACAACCACAGAUUCACAGCUUUUCCCCAAGAAAUCGUGCUUUGAGAAUUUUCAUUCACCGUAAGCCUUUUGAAGUUAACGGACAAUACCCUCCUUAUAAAAUGGCCAUUCUUAUGCCCCGCAUCACUCAAGCAAAGCAAAUUCUUAAACGGUCAUUCUCAAAUGGAAGUAGGACAACAAAAUCUAUGGAUAUCCCGAAAGGCUGUUUAGCGGUUUAUGUUGGUGAACAAGAGAAGAAGAGAUUUGUAGUUCCCGUAUGGUUGUUAAUGAAACCUACUUUUCAACAACUGCUUGAUCAGGCUGAGGAAGAAUUUGGGUAUAGUCAUCCAAUGGGUGGCCUCACUAUUCCAUGUAGUGAAUAUAUGUUCACCGAUUUGGCUUCUCGUUUGGGCGCAUUAUGA